AUGAGUAGGUGGCACUGGCAUUAUUCUUUGGACUGGCCUGCUCUUGACGAGCCUCUGGUUGUCUCCACGUGGUGUCGCUUGCCGUCGGAACUCGUGCUGCACAUUGUCGAAAACUCGAGUUGGUUCGUGCCUGCUGCGACGCUGAGCAGAUGGUGUUUGGUAAGUAGAGCCUGGUAUCGCCUCUCUGUCGUGCCUCUGUACGCUUGCGUAGCUCUAUCUCCUCGCGACGAAGACGUAGUUGGCGCCUGGCGUAUCGAACGCUUUUGCGACACCAUCUCUUGCAACAAGCAGCUAGCAGGCUUGGUCAAGGCACUUGACUUUGCCGUGAGUCGAGAGGAGCAUGGUAUCGCCAACCAGGACCAGUAUCUGACCAUCUUGAAGCACUGCCAAAACCUCGUCUACCUGCGCAACCUACAACGCUUUCGAAAUCCCGAGGACACGUAUCUGCCGUCCGUGCCGUCUGGAGCACUGACGCAGCUUGUCUGGCACGAUUCGGACUUUCGCGCCUUCGAAGAGCUGGUCGAAACCGUCUUCAAGCCCAUGUACUUCCGCAUCAAUCCAGCAGCGCGUGGCAUCGAGCGAUCCGACCUCAUCGCACUUGAUGCGAGAUCCUGCAGUCGUGUGCUGUACGACAUGAGGCUGCUUGCUCAAUUGCCGAGCACCGGCAAGCUUCCUGAAGGCUUCCUGCGCAACAUGGCCACCCAUCUGAUGCCUUGUCAAAAGGUGCUUUCAGCUCGAUGCAGCAAGCAAUACCAGAAUGACCGCAUCGGUGUUCAAAUUGCUUUGGGAGUGCUCAACAUCAUGUCUCGUUUGAUGCCGCAGCUCGAGCUCAUCGAACUCUAUCUGGCGGAUCGCGAUUAUUUCACAGGUGCGCCUCGGCACUUUGUGUCCAAGGCAAGCGCCACUGGCUUGCCUUGCCUGUAUCCUCGUUCCUUCUGGCAGGAUAUCUUCUCCCGAGCGCUGUUGAUAGCGCCACUCCCGUUCGCCGUAGCCGUCUACCACGUUUGCUCCAACGAAAUCGGAGAUGCACCUGGAUUCGACAUCGGAGGCAGCUAUGACGUCUUCAGCUCGGAACGCAUUCAAGUGGAGCUCGGCAACGAGUAUCCUUACACCGACGAUGAGGAUCGAGAGAUCUCGCGCCGCAACACGACAGGUGCUGGCUGGCAGGAGCCCUUCCUGCUGUUGCCCAACUCGACGCAAGUUGUUCCGAUCAAGCUCAAAGGUGGAUACCGCUCGUUGCCGUUUUCGACGUACAAAGACCAAGGAAAGCCAGCGUGGCAUGUGCUAAUCAACCCUCCGUCCGAGUUCAUGCAGAACCAAGCCGAGAUGGAAGAUGCACAGGAAGAGUGGGACGUCGAGUCGAUGCUAGGUGCAAGUCAACCGCGGCUGUCAACAAUGCAUCCCGUAACGCCUCGUCGAGGCUCGCUGGAGUGGCUCCGUCUCGUGAGUCGCAACAUCGAAUUUGGCAAGUGCGACUUGUCACUCUGA